CCAAUGCGCCUGCUCUUCUUGAUCAGGGGCUGCAAUGGAAAAAAUGGCCGAAGUCGAUUUUGGAGACGCGGAGCUCUUUGAUCAACUGGAUGACUUCACACCGGCCCCCACACACAUUCGCUUUCCGGACAGGGACGACGCCGACACGGUGGAGGACGACGACGACGAGAAGUGCAGGCUCCGGAGCCGCCUGGACGAGUGCGACGACUGCAUUCAGAAGCUAACGGAGGAGAAUAAAGCUUUGAGGAGAAAGUUGACUAUUCUAACGCGGCCCAGCGGAAUCACGAUAGAAGAUGUCAACAUCGACGGCCCCAUCGCGCAAAUUAUUUAUUCCAACAAUGCCAUAACAAAGCAAUGUCGUCAAGAAAUUGAGGAUUGCCUCUGUGGGAUCAUUCUGAGACACCAAAAAGAGGCAAAUCGCAACAGACACUCGGCAUCAUCACACCUGAAACCUCAGCCGUCUUCCUUUGCCGUGGACGAAGACCCACAAAAAUUGGCCUCCACUAGUGUGAGACCAACCGAAGCCUUUAAAGUGGUGGGUAGCGCGUUGUACUUCACCAGCUUCAGCGUGGACAAACUGGGCCAGCCGCUGUUCAACGACAACCCUCAGCACACCGAUGGAUGGGAAGUGCCAACCUACCAGCAAGUCUUCAACCUGGUUAUCGGCGCAGACGGACAAGAAAUAGAAGUGAAGGACAAAAGGCCCAAAUCGAUGUGUUUUAACUGCGGUUCAAGUGCUCAUCAAAUGAGAGACUGCCCGAAGCCUAAAGACAUGGCAGCCAUCAGCGAAAGAAGAAAGGAGUUCAUCCAGGGCCAGACUGGGCUCGGGAACCAGCGCUACCACGCAGACGAGGUGGAGAAGCGUUUCUCCAAAUACAAGCCGGGAGUCUUGAGCAAGGAGCUUUUGUCCGCUCUAGGAUUGGACGGCAACACCCUGCCGCCGCUCAUCUAUCGCAUGAGGCAGCUGGGCUACCCGCCGGGUUGGCUCAAGGAAGCCGAAAUGGAGACCUCGGGUUUAACUCUCUACGAUGGAAGCGUGUCAAAUGACAGCAGUAUGAGCAGCGCACAAAACGUCUCUUACGAUGUUUCUAAACUGGUGGAUUUCCCAGGAUUCAAUGUGCCCGCACCAUACAAAGUCAAAGACGAAUUCAUGCGCUACAGUUCAGUUCCCAUGCAGAGCAACCACUUGAAGCACAACUUUGCCGCUUACCUGUCCACUCACUUUGCUUCGCCAGACAGCCCGAGCCGCAAGAGGCCCAACGAGUCGGAUUCGUCCCAACACCUCCGGAAGAGGCCCAGGCCCUGCCAUGAUAGCAACUCCGACAUGGAUAUCGAAUCAGAUCCUGGGACCCCUCGCCACGGCGACUGCUUCAGCUCGCCGCCACCUCUACCGCAUGGCACGCCGCCCGACACGCCCACGCCGCCGCCUCUGCCCACAAGCACGCCGCCCCCAACGCCAACCAAAGGCUCCACAGCAACGUGGGGGGCUCAAUGGGUGGUUGUGGACGAGGUCACGGAGGGGAGGGAGGACGAGCUCACCCUGGAGGAGCUGGAGGAGCAACAGAGGCUGAUUUGGGCGGCGCUCCAGAACGCGGAGUCCUGUAGUAAGCCUGAGAUGCCGGCGGUCGCGACCCCGCCGAGCACGGUGCCCAGCAAGUCCACACCAGGUGACUCGGAAACGGAAAGUCUCAAAGAAGUGGGUGGCUGUCAGAAUGAGAAUGAAAUGUUCCCUGGCCUAGUUUGUCCUCAGAAUGGCACACCAAGCCCAGCUGGACACCAAGAUGGCGGCACCCCUAGUCCUGCUGUGAUGAAAUUCACAAAAGAUAAUGCUUCUCCAGCCAAAUAUGGAGCCGACAGCCCCCACAGUCCUUCCCCGGUUAAAUCCCGUAUGGGCAGUCCCAAAAAAUCCCAGAAUGAAAGUCCUGCACUUAAAUCACAAGAGGACAGCCCCCAAAGUCCUUGCGCAAGCAAAUACGUAAAAGACAGUCCUCAGAGCCCCAAUCCAGAAUCUCAGGAUGUAAACGGGGCCUCCCCCAAGGCCGAGGCUCCCAGGGUUUCGGCCGUUCCCCCCCGGAGCCGCUUCGCCGAGGGCAUCGUGCCUUUCGAGGACACCCCUGAGUACACAGAGGUGGCCGAAGCUACGGGGACGUACCUCCGCAUCAGAGACUUGCUCAAGAGUUCGCCUCGCAAUUUAGCCAAGAAAAAAAUUGAAUGACAACAAAAACAAAAGUACCUUUUUUGGCUCAUGUUUUAUACUCACGAUUUUUAUGUAGAGCAUCUACAAGGCACAAAGAGACAUGAUGCAAAGUUUAUUUUUUAAAUUGUUUUCAUUUUAUCAUUAGUUGAAUUUGUAAAAAUGUUCAUUUGUGACCUAAAAUUGAUUUUGUAUUUUUUGGGGAGGGCUACACAACAGUCUUGAAGUAAACAUGUCUUGUUUGCCGCAGUGUGACACUAUUGAACUUACUGAUGUAUUUAUAUUUCUGAAUGUUCAUGCAGACAAUCACAGGGCACAUAUUGACAAUUCCCACUUACAUUCACAUCAGUAAUUGAUGGAAAGCCAACCCUACUGCAAAUGAAUGGUCUUUGUGAUAUAAAGGAAGACCAAGAUAAAUCAUCUCAAAACUUACAA